AUGGAUAGGAGAAAUGACUACGGUUAUAGGAUGCUCCCAUUCCAGGGCCCUCUGCUUCCCCCUGGGAGCCUGGCGCUUCACUUCCCUCCAGAUAUACAGACUGGGACGACAGAAGAAGAUAGAGUCUUGCUGAUGCAUACCCUCUUGGCGGCAACCAAGGACCCUCUGGCCAUGGACCCACCAGUUGCCAACCAGCCUAAGAAAAUCAAGACCAAGAAGUCCUCUAGUAAAGCUAUUACUAAGACCAUACCUGCUGCCCCUACAGUCUCAUCUACCAAUGUGAUUACCACUAUCAAGCCUAAAGUAACUUUGCAGGCUUUAAACCUGCCUGCCAUCCCCCAGAUCAACCAGGCUGAAGCUACCACUGAAGCAGCCAAUACUCAGGCUUCUUCAGUCACUGCUCAGCCUAUGAAAGCCAAUAAGACAAAGAGUGUUAUGGCUAAGGCAGACCAAGUCUUCCAAUCUCUAACUGGCAAUGAGAGUGUUACUGCACAGAUCAAGACACCCUUACAGGCCCUCAACCUACCAGACAUCCUGAAGGCUAUCCAGGCUCCAAUUACCAUUGAGUCAGCCAACUCCCAGGCCUUGAUAGCCCCCAUUAAGCCCAAGAAAGCUUCCAAAGCUAAGAAGGCUGCUGAUAAGGCUAUAACUAGUGCUACUGAUAUCUCACUGGCUUUAACCACCACCCACACAGCUAUUACCCAAGGCAGAAUUACUAAUGAGGCAGCUACUACUCAUGCCACAGCAGCCUGCAUUAGAACUAAUAAAGCUUCCAAAGCCAAGAAGGCAACUGUUAAGGGCAUACAUACUGACACUGAAUUUAUAGAGGCCCCAAAUGCCACUGAGACAGCUACCAGGCAGAUUGAGGCCACAGCAGCAGCUAUCUGGCCCAAAAAAUUCAAGGGCAAGAAGACUGCCAUUAAAGGCCCCAAUUCUGCCUAUGAGGCCUCUGAGGUUCCACCUGCCAUUCAAAUGGUCACAAACCAAGCCCUAGCAGCCACCCUCCAGGUCAGGAGAGGGUCCAGGGCUCAUAAGUCUGCCACUAAGGCCCAGAUAGCUGAAAGCCAGACUAAAAUUGUUGACCAAGGGGCCCAGGCCAAGAUGGCCACCUUUAGGACCAACAAAAAUGCCCUUGAGACUCAGGUUGCUGCUGCUGUCCAGGCCCUGGCAGAUGACUACCUGGCUCACUUGAGUCUGGAGCCUACAACCAGGACCCGGGGCAAGAGGAAACAAAAGUCCAAGCAUCUGAAUGGGGAUGAGAGAGGUGGUGAUAAUUACAGGUUGGUCCCAUGGGGCUGGAGGCCUCCGCCACCCCAAGAUGUGGCUCUUUUGCAAGAAAGGGCAAAUAAGUUGGUGAAAUACCUGUUGGUUAAGGACCAGACAAAGAUCCCCAUCAAGCGCUCAGACAUGCUGAAGGAUGUCAUCAAAGAAUAUGAUGAAUAUUUUCCAGAGAUCAUUGAACGAGCAAGCUACGCUCUGGAGAAGAUGUUUCGAGUCAAUCUGAAGGAAAUUGAUAAGCAAAUUAGCUUGUAUAUUCUGAUCAGCACUCAGGAAUCCUCUGCAGGCAUACUGGGAACGACCAAGGACACACCCAACCUAGGUCUUCUCAUGGUGAUUCUGAGUGUCAUUUUUAUGAAUGGCAACAAGGCCAGUGAGGCUGUCACCUGGGAGGUGCUGCGCAAGCUGGGGCUGCGCCCUGGGGUGAGGCACUCACUUUUUGGGGAAGUGAGGAAGCUCAUCACAGACGAGUUUGUGAAGCAGAAGUACCUGGAGUACAAGAAGGUCCCUAACAGCAGACCACCUGAAUAUGAGUUCUUCUGGGGCUUGCGCUCCUACCAUGAGACUAGCAAGAUGAAAGUCCUCAAGUUUGCAUGUAAGGUGCAGAAGAAAGACCCCAAGGACUGGGCUGCUCAGUACCGGGAGGCAGUAGAGAUGGAAGUGCAAGCUGCAGCUGUGGCUGAGGCUGAGGCUGAAGCCAGGGCUGAGGCAAGAGCCCAAAUGGGGAUUGGAGAGGAAGCUGUGGCUGGGCCCUGUUUACAGAUAAUGCUAAUUAAUUGCAGCAGUUCUUCCCGUGGAUCCUAG